AUGCUAGAUGUGCUCAACUACGAGGAGAAAUCUCCGCAGGCUGAAAGCCUACCCGAUCCUAAUAACUUGGCUCGUAUCGCGUCUCCCGUGUUAGCACAACACGUGAAUGCGCCCGAAUUUGUUCCAGGAGCCUUGACUCAUGGCCCAACUGUAUCCUUUCCGGAACCCGUGUCUCAGGGCCCCGCAUCUAGAGCCGAGUUGCAAGAUUCUAGCGCCGAAGAGUUUUAUGCCAAACCUUCAGGUGGGGCACUGUACCCGCUUGAUUAUCACCUUUACACCAAGUCCGCCGUACCAGUUUCGGAUCAGUCUGCGUCGAAAGGAGGGUUCUUCGUAGCGGAAGACAUUAGAUUGGAGCUCCAACGGCGCAUGGAUGACAUCUGGGCGCCACCAGUUUCGACAGUAGCACUUCCUGAAGUCCACCAUUAUCAUUCGCUAUCACCUCUGGAGCCAGUAGCCGGGGAUCGUCGCAAGUAUUUCGGGCACUGGAACUCGAUUUGCUAUCGAGCGACCAGCACAUCUAAUGGAAGCGUCUACGCCCUAAGGCGCUUGGAAAAUUUUCACCUUGCACAUGAAUCCAUUCUAGCCAACGCUGAACUCUGGAAGCGGAUAAUCCAUCCGAACAUUGCGAGUUUUCGGGAAGCCUUCACGACGAGAGCCUUUAAUGAUAGUUCUCUGGUACUUGUCUACGACUACUAUCCUUUGGCCACAACUCUUUUCGACACUUUCUUAAAGCCCCGAACAAGCGCCUUCACGAACCGCCAGUUGAGAACUGACCAACUCGAUCCGAUCCCGGAGACUACUCUUUGGUCCUUCCUUAUCCAAAUAGCGAAUGCCAUGAAAGCUAUUCAUGACCGAGCAUUGGCCUUUCGAGUGUUGGAUGCCACCAAAAUCCUGUUGACGGGAAAAUCGAGGCUACACAUCAACUGUUGCGGCCUUGCGGACCUCGUCGGAUUGGACACACAGGAUAGGGCAACACAACAGCAAGAGGAUAUGAUAGCGUUUGGAAGAUUGAUGCUCGCACUUUGCUGUCGAAACGCAAACAUCGGUAUCAAUUACGCAAAGACGCUUGAAUUUAUUUCGAGAGUCUAUUCCCAGGAGCUUAAGAAUGCUAUUCACUUUCUCCUGCAGCCGCCCCCUCUCGCAACACAUGGCACACCAAAGGUCUGCGAGGCAGCUCAGGCAGACUUUAAUUUACUUUUUAUUACCCAGAUCAUCGGACAAGUCUUCGACUUCAUAGGAGGUCGGCUCUUACAAGAAAUGGACGCAAUGCAACUACGUUCAGACUCUUUGGAAGCUCAGCUGGCUUGCGAACUCGAGAACGGUCGUCUGGUCAGGCUUUUGAGCAAGUUUGGUUUCAUCAAUGAACGACCCGAGUGA